GAAUUCUGAUAAACUCUCUUAUUGAUGUAAUAUGAGUGUGAAAAUAAAGAUUAGUCUUAUCUACAGUAUAUAUUAAAUAAUACCAUAUAGGAUUGUUCAAAAUUAGAAUAAAAUUAGUAAUAACUUUAGAAGAAAAGUAUUUAUCUAAUGAAGAGUGAUUUAAUAGAAGAGUUUGGAGAGAUUUUAU